UUGACGCUCAGGAAGUGGACUAAACAACCAAAGAUUCCCGCAGAUUCCGUAUCGAUUGUCCCAAUGUUACAAACGUGUUCACACUGACCUAAACAUUAGUCCAAAUCCUUUUGGUGGGAUAAUUGAGACGAUAAUGCUGGAUGGUUGCACUCAUGAAAUUCACCAGAGAUAUAUGCAGGCUGUUGGGAUUCGGGAGCGGCCCCCGAGUCCAGCAGCAGGAGGAGCAGAUGGACUGUGAUGCCGCAAACCUUGACCCAAGUGAUGACGCUACUUUGUCACAGGAUGCAUUAAAUGGAGAGGAGGAUCUGAGUGAAGAGGAGAAGGUCAGACGAAGGGCAGAGCGACGCAAAGCAAAGAGGAAGCGCCGUCGAAAACGUAAGAAGCAGGAGCAGGUUAAGCAAAAUGAGGGUGCCGAACAGGAUGAUGAAGACGAGGAUGGGGGUGCAGAGUCUGAACUGGAUGAGAGCGAGUCAGAACCAGAAGUUGGUGCUGAAGAGGAAAAACAAGGAGUGCAAAAAGAGGAGAAAAAAGAGGGAAAGUCAGCUGCCCCAAACAACUACGUCACCUCUCCAGUCAUGUCUCCUGCAGGAAUCAAAGGACAUCAGAAAAAUCCAGCCAGAUCUACUGAAGAGGAGCCAGAGUGGGAUGUGAGCAGUGCCUUCUUUGCUAAUGCUGCUAGCCAUAUCAAACCCAAAGGAUCGAGUCACAAGUCCAAAGAAAACAAGGAGAACGAGGCCAGAAGAGAGACAAAUGGAACUGACACCAUAACCAAGAAAAGUGCCUCACUGACAGCAGAAAAAGGCAUAAAGUUGGUGCAAGAGGGGCAGUAUGCACAAGCUGCCAGUAUGUUUACAGAAGCCAUCAAAUGUGAUCCAAAGGAUUACAGGUUCUUUGGGAAUCGUUCCUAUUGCUAUUACUGUUUGGAGCAGUAUCCUCAGGCCCUGGGAGAUGCUGAACGCUCCAUUCAGAUGGCCCCAGACUGGCCUAAAGGACACUUUCGCAAGGGCAGUGCUCUCAUGGGCAUGAAGCGGUACAGUGAGGCAGAGAAGGCCAUGGAGCAGGUGCUGAAACUCGACAAAGACUGCGAGGAGGCCGUCAAUGACCUAUUCAACUGCAAAGUUCUGCAGCUAAUGGAGCUUGGUUUUGAAGAAAUGCAAAGCGUACUACUGCUGGAGAAAUUUUCAACUGUGCAGGCUGUUCUAGCAUCUUGUUCUGAUGCUGCGAGGGCUGGGAUCCAAGAUCCGUCAGUUUUGCAGCCAGGAAGCCCUUGCCCAUCGCUGUGGGUGGGAAAUGUGACCACUGAGUUAACUGAGAAACACCUAUGGGACAUUUUUAAAAUGUAUGGUGAGAUCGAGAGUAUCCGUGUUCUGCAUGAGAGAUUCUGUGCCUUUGUCAACUUCAAGAAUGCAAACAUGGCAGCUCGUGCCAUGGAGAAACUAAAUGGUUAUUGUAUUGAAAACACCCGUUUGGUGGUGCGCUAUCCUGACCGUCGCACGCAGCGGGUCCUUCCCAUCCCACUGAAGACCUGUCUCCCUGUCACACAGCAGGCAGGGGCAGCUGCUGGACCUCGACGACGUGGCCCAGUGAAUGGAGACGAGUGUUACUUCUGGAGAACCACCGGCUGCCAUUUUGGGGACAAAUGUCGCUACAAACACAUUCCUGAUCAGAAAAGCCAGGACAGGAAGCCCUGGCAGCCUUGAACUCUGUUUACUCUCUGCCUCAGUAGUGUGCAGGAAACUGGGAUGCACAGACUGUGCCAAAGGAGCCGGUACUUACUGGACCAGGUUCUCUGGGCAAAAAAUAUUUACUGUUGCAGAACGGACCUGAAUAGUCAAAAGGAUCAGAGCCAGCACCCAGGCUCUAAGGCAGGGAUAGUCACACAUGUGCCACAAAGGAUUGGGAGCAUGAAGGUUUUUAUUUCAGCUAAAGAAUUUACUCAACGAUAUUGUUCAGUAGUACAACGAUAAGAGGGGGGGCAACAGAAUGACCCGGUGUAGUCUUUGGUUUGAAUGAAAACCUUCACAUUUGCAGCCUUCCAUGGCACAUGGUGAUCUAUUCCAGCUUUAGGGGACACAACCUAACCUCACAACAUAAGGAGGAAGUGAAACUGGAAAAAGCAAUGGCUCCGUCAUGUACCGCAGUAAUGAAAGGACUCAGUAUGGAUUUUUCAGGUUCUUCAGUGAUGAUCUUGGGAAACUUCCAUCUGAAGAAAUUCCAGCACAAAUCAGUGUUCCUCCCUAUUUUCAAAGUACAGUAACUCAACAAAUACUAAAACUUGCAUUCUGUGAACUUGAUUUUGAACAGUUUUGGUUUAUCCACUGGCCAUAACUGCUCAUCAGUCUGCGGUUCAGUCUGGUACUCAAUUUCCCACUUGUUGUUCCUGUUCCAAUAUCAACACGUUGUCCGCCAGACCAAAGACUUACCAACAGCCUUACAUGACAUUUCAGUACCUCCCCUAAGCACAUGAGGUUCUUUUAGCCAAUGAGCUUCACAGGCCCAAAACGAUGCCCUCAUACUGUGCUACGUAGCCUUAGUUAAGAUGAUCAUACAUGGUUUAAAGGACAUAAAAAUCACACAUUUGUCUCGAGGAUUUCAAAUUGUAUGUAAUACUGCAUGGACUAGAUAUAUAUAUAUAUUACUUUAUUUAUUGGGCACCUUUUGGUGAAAGAUUGAAUAGACACACUUCAUGUCUGUUCAGUUGUCGUGACAAGUUAUGGAGGACUCAUUGUCCUUCAUGCCAUACUUGUACGGCAUGGAAGAAGUAAUAGAAGCAUCUGACUUGCUUUAUGUCUAUGCAAAAGGAAAGUACAGUCUCAGUGCCAGACAUACACGCAUCUACUUGUUAUGUGCCUGUGCCAUGGUAAUGUCAUUGAUAAACGAGUUCAUACUACAGGAGAGUGCCUUACUAAAAAUCAUGUUCAGUCAUUUGCAAACACAUUCAUGGCCACAUGUGUAACAUAAUCCACUCACAGAUCUUUUGAAUCUUAAAAAGCAGUGUUUUUUACCUUAGGGCCUCCAUUUCAGUAUUUCAGUGAACCAAAGAAUGCUUCAUCUGAUGGCUCUGCACUAAAACAGCCUUGUUUUUUAAUACGUUUCAACACUAGACGGUGCAUCCAAACCCAUUAGCAUGUGUUUGUAUUGUCCACUAGACAAUGAUUACAGCUACAACACCUGGUUUAGGCCCACACUACAUUCACUAGUAAACUAUGGACAGCAUAGUGAGCGUAUUUAUUUCCUUAUUUAUGCCGACUUUUUGUUAAAUUCCUUUUUUACAACAUAACAUAGAAGCUGAAUACAGGUUUUCAUUCAUUGGCCUUCUAGUAUUUUGGGAAGUCCCCUCUUCUGUUUCUUUUCGGCUUUAAGAGGAAAGCAUUAUUAAGAGCCAUUUGGUGCAAACACUGUCACAUGCUGCACUUCUGCUUUUCUCGUAUUUACUUUCUGUCUUUAAGGUUAAACCUUCAGACUGCAGUUGUACAACUUGCUCAUUUCUUUUUUUGACUGGUGCUGUUAUCUAUGUGCAUUGCAUUUAAUUUAGCAAACUAAUAAAUAAUGAUUAAAUAUUUACUUAUGGAUAUUUAAGCAUUGGACAAAAGAAUUCCCUGGGUUUAAUUUUAAAUAUUUGGUAUGUUUUAAUCUUUUAACCUUGUUUCAAACUUUUUCAGGAAAAGGCAUUUUUAAUUAUGAUAUACACGUUGAUAACCAGAGCACUGCAAUCCUGUUAAUCUUCCAAAUAUUUUGUAUUAUUGUUACUGCACUGCAAAAAAAGAGUCUUUUAUAUUUAAUAAAUGUAUUUGAACCACC